CCGGGGGCGGUGGGGCCGGGGUCCCAGGGGGUCGGGGGCGAUGCGGCUGCUGCAGAGCCUGGCGAAGCGCGCGGCGCUGGCCGGAGUCCCCACCUACAUCGAGCACUUCAGCAAGUUCUCGCCCUCGCCGCUCUCUAUGAAGCAGUUCCUGGACUUCGGAUCCACCAAUGCCUGCGAGAAGACCUCCUUUGCCUUCCUGCGGCAGGAGCUGCCCGUCCGCCUCUCCAACAUCAUGAAGGAGAUCAACCUGCUGCCAGACCGCGUCCUGCACACGCCCUCCGUCCAGCUGGUGCAGAGCUGGUACGUCCAGAGCCUGCUGGACAUCAUGGAGUUCCUUGACCGGGAUCCUGAGGACCAGGCCACCUUGGGACAGUUCACCAAUGCCCUCGUCACCAUCCGCAACCGGCACAAUGACGUGGUGCCCACCAUGGCGCAGGGCGUCAUCGAGUAUAAGGAGGCCUAUGGGGAUGACCCAGUCUCCAACCAGAACAUCCAGUACUUCCUCGACCGCUUCUACCUGAGCCGCAUCUCCAUCCGCAUGCUUAUCAACCAGCACACCCUGCUCUUCGAUGGCAGCACCAACCCCGCGCACCCCAAGCACAUCGGGAGCAUCGACCCCCACUGCGGUGUGGCCAACGUGGUGAGAGACGCCUACAACAUGGCCAAGCUGCUGUGUGACAAGUACUACAUGUCCUCUCCUGACCUGGAGAUCGAAGAGGUGAACGCAAGCAACGCCCAGCAGCCCAUCAGCAUUGUCUACGUCCCGUCGCACCUGUACCACAUGCUCUUUGAGCUUUUCAAGAAUGCCAUGCGAGCCACUGUGGAGAGCCAUGAGAACAGCCCACGUCUGCCGGCCAUCAAGGUGAUGGUGGCCCUGGGCCAGGAGGACCUCUCCAUCAAGAUGAGCGACCGGGGCAUGGGUGUCCCCCUGCGCAAGAUCGAGCGGCUCUUCAGCUACAUGUACUCCACCGCGCCUACCCCACAGCUUGGCACUGGUGGGGCUCCCCUGGCCGGCUUUGGCUAUGGGUUGCCCAUCUCGCGCCUCUAUGCCAAGUACUUCCAGGGGGACCUGCAGCUCUUCUCCAUGGAGGGCUUCGGCACCGACGCUGUCAUCUACCUGAAGGCUCUGUCCACGGACUCGGUGGAGCGCCUGCCUGUCUACAACAAGUCGGCGUGGCGGCACUACCAGGCUAGCCAGGAGGCAGGAGACUGGUGUGUCCCCAGCACCGAGCCCAAAAACACCUCCACCUACCGCGUCCCCUAGGGCCUCCCUGGGGGCUCGCGGCCCCCCCAGCCUGACGAGAGACCCUGCCCCCCCGGUGUCCCCCAGCACCCCAGAGUGGGGUUUUUUAUGCCGGUGUGGGGGUUUUUAGCACCCCAGUUCCACCUCCCGCUGCCAUUAGGGCUCACUGGGAAGCGUGGGAGAUGGGGGGGGACACGACAGUGGGGCAGGAGGUCCCAGCACCUUGGUGGCACUUAGGUCCGUAGCUGUGGGUGGCAUUAGCACAGCAGGGAACAGGCAGAGCCCCUGUUGCCUCCCCCCUCCACUUGGCCCCUACCACAGGAGGGAGUGCCCCAGGGCAGCCAGGGACUGGUCCUUUCCCAGUAUGACCAGUAGCACUUCUUAGCCCCCGAUGGGGUGGGGGGACCAGGCCUGAGCACACCAGCCCGUCCCUGCUGCCCGCGCCGUCCCCAGUCUUGCACUACUGAGCUGUUCUUGCCUGUGUGUGCCCCCUGCCAGCCGCGUGUGCCCCUCAGCUCCCUGCACCCCUGGGGGGUCCCCACAUGCUCAGGAGCACCCCCCACUCCCCGGACCCCAUCAAUAAAAUGGAUGUUGACUGAG